GGAACGUCUAGAAAGUGUUGGUCCUCUCCAGUUUUGCGUACUGUUCGGUGCUCUGGUCUUUCUUCUUCUUCUUUUUCAAGAACACUCUCGCCCUCUCUUAUUCUGCUUUGUCUACUCUGCUCUUCGCUGUUCUUCCAUCUGUCUCUCUUCGACUCUCUCUCUAUCACUCAAGGAUUACUACUUUGAAUAAGUGAUGGCUGAACAAGCAUAUACUGUUGCAUCGGAUAGUGAAACAACCGGAGAGGAAAAAACUUCACCAGCUUUGCCGGAUAUUGCAAUUGGCAUUGACAUCGGGACAUCUCAAUGCAGUGUUGCAGUAUGGAAUGGCUCUCAGGUGGAACUUGUGAGGAAUACUAGAAAUCAGAAGUUAAUGAGAUCUUAUGUGACCUUCAAGGAUGAGGUCCCUGCUGGUGGUGUUAGCAAUCAGUUGACGCAUGAGUAUGAAAUGUUGUCGGGAGCUGCGGUUUUCAAUAUGAAACGCCUCAUCGGAAGAGUUGAUACUGAUCCCGUUGUUCAUUCGUGCAAAAGCCUUCCGUUUUUGGUGCAGACUCUGGAUAUUGGUGUCAGACCAUUUAUUGCUGCGUUAGUGAACAAUAUGUGGAGGUCCACUACUCCCGAAGAAGUUCUUGCAAUAUUCCUGGUUGAACUGAGAGCCAUGGCUGAAAUUCGACUGAAACGACCGGUAAGGAAUGUUGUUUUGACCAUCCCAGUAUCAUUUAGCCGAUUCCAACUGACCCGCAUUGAACGAGCCUGUGCCAUGGCUGGACUUCAUGUUCUAAGAUUGAUGCCCGAACCCACUGCAGUUGCUCUGCUAUAUGCACAGCAGCAGCUACAGUCUGGACACGAGAGUAUGGGCAGCGGAAGUGAAAAGAUCGCACUUAUAUUCAAUAUGGGUGCUGGCUACUGCGAUGUAGCUAUUACGGCUACAGCGGGAGGAGUUUCUCAGAUAAAGGCCUUGGCGGGAAGCACAUUAGGAGGUGAAGACUUACUUCAGAAUAUGAUGCAUCAUCUCUUACCCGAUAUGGAUAAAUUCUUCUUGAGCCAUGGAAUUGAAGAAAUAAAGAGAAUGGGACUGCUUCGAGUUGCCACCCAGGACGCAAUCCACAAACUGUCCGUGGAACCCAGUGUUCCAAUUGAUGUCGACAUAGGAAAUGGGACAAAGAUAUCUAAGGUUCUUACCCGCGAAGCGUUUGAGGAAGUGAAUCGAAAUGUCUUUGAGAAGUGUGAGUCUCUUAUAAAGCAAUGCCUAAGCGAUGCCAAGAUAGACGUGGGAGAUGUGCAUGAUGUCAUACUUGUCGGGGGCUGUUCAAACAUUCCAAAGAUUCGUCAUAUCGCAACGAGCAUAUGCAAAAGGGAUGCAAUAUAUUCUGAAAUGAAUCCGUUUGAGGCUGCUGUACGUGGAGCAGCACUGGAAGGAGCAGUGGCUUCAGGAAUUAACGAUCCGCUUGGAAGUUUGGACUUGUUAACCAUUCAGGCAACUCCACUGAGCAUUGGCAUUCGAGCUGAUGGUAACAAAUUCAUACCCAUAAUUCAUCGUAACACAACAACACCAGCAAGGAAGGAACAUAUAUUCACUACUGUUCACGAUAACCAAGCUGAGGCAUUAAUCUUUGUCUAUGAAGGAGACGAGAUAACCGUGGAAAAGAAUCACCUCCUAGGUUACUUUAAGAUUGCGGGGAUGCCUCCAGCACCAAAAGGCGUUCCCGAGAUCAAUGUAUGCAUGGACAUCGACGCUUCAAACGUUCUGAGAGUUUUUGCGGGAGUUAUGAUUCCAGGCAUCCAGCACCCUGUAACUCCUUUUAUGGAAGUUAGGAUGCCAACAGUGGACGAUGGCCAUGGCUGGUGUGCUGAAGCUCUGCACAGGGCUUACGGUUCUACCUUAGAUCUCGUCACAGUACAGCCAAAAACACACCCGUGAGAAAAUGGUAAGCCUCAUCUAGAAAAUAAUAAACUUGACUGAACAAAGGCAAUUUCAGUUUCAAAUGCUUUGAGUCCUGCAAAUUUGUGCCUGAAUGUAUGCCUUGUUGAAUGGAAUAAUCCUAUGUGUAGUCUUGUUGAAUGGUGGUAAGAUACAUAUAUAUGGCUGUCUUUGUAUAAAUCUUCAAAAGAAAUGUGUGGAAUAAAUGUUUUUAUGAUUGUGUUUCCAUGCA